UAGGAGUACUUGAAGACAAUUACGACCUCAACAACACCUAUGUGGCAGUGGCAUCAUGUCACCACGUUGGCAUGCUCUUGUUUUCUCUCAUUAAGGAGAAUGGCAGAAGCAGUUCUCUUCAACAUUGCAGACGGAAUCAUUGCAAAGUUGGGUUCUGUAGUCCUGCAGGAGAUUAGGCUCUGGUGGGGUGUUAAGGAGGAGCUUGAGAAACUUAAGGGAACAGUCUCUCUCAUCAAGGCUGUGCUGCUUGAUGCGGAGGAGCAGUCCAUGGAGAGUAAUCAAGUCAAAAUUUGGCUUGGAAUGCUGAAGGAAAUGCCAAGUCCUAGCCAUGACGCUAUCGGGAAGGAGAAUGUGGCGAAGUGUAAGGGAGUUCCUCUAGCCAUACGAACAAUAGGAGGUCUCUUGUAUUUUAAGGAUGCAGAAUCUGAGUGGUUACCCUUUAAGAAUAAGGAAUUAUCAAAAGUGGAUCAGAGCUUAUAUCCAAAAGAUUGGAAUAUUAAAGUAGAACAAGUAAUACAAUGUUGGAUUGCACAAGGGUAUGUUAAGUCAUCGGAGGAUGCAAAUCAUUGUCUGGAAGAUAUUGGUGCUGAAUAUUUCAUGGAUCUUCUUCAGAGGUCUUUCUUUCAAGAAGUUGAAAAGGAUGAAUAUGAUUUAUCUCAUUUGAGGAUUAAAGCAGUGCCACGUUCCAUUUAUAAAUUGAGGCAUCUAAGGUACCUGAAUCUUUCUUGGAAACCAAGUAUCAAGACACUUCCUGAUUCAGUCACCAAACUGCAAAACUUACAAGCGCUGAAGCUUGAGGCGGCCAAUUUGAGAGAGAAGCAACAUCUUCAGAAAUUGACGUUAGAUUACGGUAGUUCUUCAGAGGACGAUGAUGAUGGUGCAAAAAACAUGGAAAAAUAUGAAACAGCAUUGGGAGCGCUACAAUCGCACCAGAAUUUGAAAGAGCUAAACUUGACAUCGUACUGGGGAUUGAAGUCUCCGAGCUGGCUAUAUUCCCUACUAAAUUUGGUGUCCAUUGGUUUCUUCUAUUGCAAAAAUAUGCAGCGGCUCCCACCAUUUGAUCACUUUCCUUCUCUUAAGAGUCUGAGGAUUUAUAAAUUAAUGAAUCUCGAGUACGCAGAUACUGGGCUACACAUGCAUGACAGAGGAUCAGCAUCAUUUUAUCCUUCCCUGACGGAUCUCGAUAUACACGAUUGCCCUAAACUGAAGGGAUUUAUGGGAUCCAAGACAGAUAAUAUACUGGAAAUGGCAACUUCACUGUCACAAUCCGCCUCUUCUUUGUCUCCUUCUACUUCACCUUUCUCUGCCCUUUCCCAAUUGAAAAGACUUCAAAUUAUGAAUGAAAUAAAUGACCUUUCUGAUUUACCAAAAUUGCUGCAAAACCUCACUUCUCUCCAACAUCUUGAAUUUUAUAAUUUCGAAACUCUGUCCAUUGAUGAGAAUGACGAUGGCAUGCAAUGGCAAGGGCUUAAAAGCCUCCAUUCUUUUACUGUUAAAUGCAUAGAAAACUUAGAGUCUCUUCCAAAUGGGCUUCUAUAUGUCACCGCCUUGCGCAGUCUCAACAUCCAUAACUGUCCUAAUAUAAAGUCUUUACCAGAGUGGACGGCCAACCUCACUUCAAUACAGUAUUUGUCUAUCAGUUUUUGUCCCCAGCUUGCAGAAAGAUGCAAGACUAACGUGGCUGAGGAUUGGUCCAAGAUUGCUCACAUACCAGAUAUUUCAAUCGACUAUAAAAGCAUUCAGAGAAAUGGCUGCCACCAGCUCUAUAGCUCUUGUUUUUUUCUCACCAAGAAGAAUGGCAGAAGCAGUUCUCUUGAUAAACUAAACGGAACAGUUUCCACGAUCAAGACAGUGCUGCUUCAUGCGGAGGAGCAGUCCUUGGAGACUCCUCCAGUCAAAUAUUGGCUUGGACGGCUGAAGGAAGCGAUUUAUGACGCAGAUGACUUGCUUGAUGAGUUCUCAACAGAGGCUUCGCGGCAGCAAAUGAUGACUGGUAACAGAAUCUCAAAGGAGGUACGCCUUCUCUGUUCAGGUUCAAACAAGUUUGCUUAUGGUCUCAAAAUGGCUCAUAAGAUUAAGGACAUGUCAAACAAAUUAGAAAAGAUUGCGGCAGACAGAAGGUUCCUCCUAGAGGAGCGCCCUAGAGAGACACUUAAUGUGAGUAGGGGUUCAAGGGAGCAAACUCACUCCUCUGCACCUGAUGUAGUUGUUGGUAGAGAGCAUGAUAAGGAGGCAAUUAUAGAGCUUUUGUUGUCCUCCAUUAACGAAGACAAUGUUUCAGUUAUUCCCAUCAUUGGGAUCGGAGGAUUAGGGAAGACGACACUUGCUCAAUGUGUGUAUAACGAUGAAAGAGUGAAAACUCAUUUUGAGCUGAAAGCAUGGGCGUGCAUCUCUGAUAAUUUCGAAGUGCAGAAAACUGUAAGAAAAAUUAUAGAAUCCGCUUCUGGCAAGAAUCCUGAAAUUAGCGAGAUGGAGGCUUUGAAAAAUCUCCUUCAUGAUAGGAUUAAUGGAAAGAAGUUCUUGAUAGUUCUGGAUGACUUGUGGAGUGACGAUACUCAUAAAUGGUUCCGCUUAAAAGACUUGCUAGCAGGUGGUGCAAGUGGAAGUAAGAUAGUGAUAACCACGCGUCUUAGAAAGGUUGCUGAGAUGACACGCCCAGUUUCUAUUCAUGAAUUAGAAGGCCUAUCUGAAAUUGAGUCCUGGUCGUUGUUCAAACAAAUAGCAUUCAAGCGAGGGCAACUGCCAAGUCCUAGCCAUGAAGCUAUCGGAAAGGAGAUUGUGGCCAAGUGCAAGGGGGCUCCUCUAGCCAUAAGAACAAUAGCAGGUAUCUUGUAUUUUAAGGAUGCAGAAUCUGAGUGGGAAGCCUUUAAAAAUAAGGAACUGUCAAAAGUGGAUCAGGGUGAGAAUGAUAUUUUACCAACCCUUAGGUUGAGUUACAACUAUCUGCCUUCACAUUACAAACAUUGUUUUGCUUAUUGUAGCUUAUAUCCGAAAGAUUGCAAUAUUAAAGUAGAAGAAUUAAUACAAUGUUGGAUUGCACAAGGGUAUGUUAAGUCAUUGGAGGAUGCAAAUCACUGUCUUCAAGAUAUUGGUGCUGAAUAUUUCACGGAUCUUUUUCAGAGGUCUUUCUUUCAAGAAGUUAAAAAGGAUACAUAUGGCAAUAUAUAUACUUGUAAAAUGCAUGAUUUAAUGCAUGAUCUUGCCGUGUCAGUCGCAGGAGAGGAUUGUGAUCUGUUAAAUUCUGAAAUGGCAUGUACUAUUAGUGAUAAAACUCUUCACAUAUCACUUAAAUUAGAUGGGAACUUCAGACUGCAAGCUUUUCCUUCCUUGUUAAAGGCAAACAAGCUACGGUCGUUGUUACUAAAAGCUUUAGUUCUACGUGUACCAAACAUCAAAGAAGAAGAAAUUCAUGUACUAUUUUGUAGUUUAAGAUGUUUAAGGGUGUUAGAUUUAUCUGAUUUGGGGAUUAAAUCAGUGCCAUGUUCCAUUUAUAAAUUGAGGCAUCUUAGGUAUCUCAAUCUUUCUAAGAAUAGACCAAUCAAGACACUUCCUGAUUCAAUCACUAAACUGCAAAACUUACAAGUGCUGAACCUCCAGGAAUGUGCUAGCCUUAAGCAAUUGCCAAAGGAUAUAGAAAAGUUGGUUAAUCUUUGGCAUCUUAAUAUUGAUGGUUGUUAUGGGUUGAGUCACAUGCCUAGAGGGAUAGGAAAACUGACUUGCCUUCAGAAAUUAUCUAAAUAUUUUGUGGCAGAGGAUAAUUUCUUCAAAAAUCUCUCCUGGCAGAGCGCUGGACUUGGUGAAUUAAAUGCCUUGAACAAUUUGAGAGGGGGAUUGAUGAUUGAGAAUUUACGAUGUGUGAAAAAUGCUGCAUUUGAAUGUAAGGCGGCCAAUUUGAAAGAGAAGCAACAUCUUCAGCGCUUGAAGUUAGAUUGGAGUCGAUAUGGACAUGGCGAUGACAGGGAAAAAGAUGAAACAACAUUGGAAGCGCUACAACCGCACCAGAACUUGAAACAGCUAAUGUUAUGGUCGUACUGGGGAGUGAAAUCUCCAAGCUGGCUUUCUUCCCUAAUAAAUUUGGUGUCAAUUGAAAUCUGUGAUUGCAAAAAUAUGCAGCUUCUGCAUCUCCCAGCAUUUGAUCGCCUUGCUUCUCUUAAAUAUUUGAGGAUCUAUAAAUUAAUUAAUCUUGAGCACAUAGAAACUGAGGUGCACUUGGAUGACAGCGGAUCAGCAUCAUUUUAUCCUUCCCUGGCGAAUCUCAAUAUUUCCCUUUGCCCUAAACUGAAGGGAUUUAUGAGAUGCAAGACAGAUGUUGGAAUGACUUUAGCAUCAUCAUCAUCAUUAAGAAUAUCCUGCUUGCGUAAUUUAUACAUUGGAAGUUCCCCUAACCUGAUUUCCAUGCCUCAUUUUCCAGCUCUUGAAGAACUUAUAUUGGGAAAGGACUGUUUAAAGGCAUUGAAGAAUAUACUAGAAAUGGCAAUUCCAGUGUCACAGUUCCCCUCUUCUUUGUCUCCUUCUACUGCACCUUUCUCUGCCCUUUCCCAAUUGAAACAACUCAAAAUUCAGGAUGAAAUAAAUGACCUUUCUGAUUUACAGUUGCUGCAAAACCUCACUAAUCUCCAAUGUCUUGAAUUUUCUGAUUCCCAAACAGUAAAAACUCUGUACAGUGACGAGAAUGAUGAUGGCAUGCAAUGGCAAGGGCUUAAAAGCCUCCAUUCUUUUAAAGUAAAUAACAUGCCAAAUUUGGAGUCUCUCCCAAAGGGGCUUCUAUAUGUUACCACCUUGCACAGUCUCGACAUCUACUGCUGUCAUAGCAUGAAGUCUUUACCAGAGUGGAUGGCCAACCUCACUUCAUUACAGUAUUUGUCUAUCAGUUUUUGUCCCCAGCUUGCAGAAAGAUGCAAGACUAACGUGGCUGAGGAUUGGUCCAAGAUUGCUCACAUACCAGAUAUUUCAAUCAACUAUGAAAGGAUUCAGAGGAAUGGCCUGUACCAGCUGUGAUUGGAAUUAUCGGGUUCGUCCAAAUGUUCAUAAAGGGAGAGUUUGAAUGAGCUUCACGUGGAAUCAGCAGCAUUGAACUCGUUGUUUUUCAGUUUUAAGUGUUCUUCUAUUCUGCAUUCUGGCUCAUUUUCCAACCGACUUCAGCUUAGUUAGCUUUUGCUUUAGCUCUGUUGCUGCGUAGCUUUUCAUUUCUUGUACAGACAAAAUUGAUUUUUAAAGUUGGCCUCCGACAAUUGGGUAUUGAUUUCCAAUAGUAGAUGAUAUCUGGAAGUAGAAGAACAAGACAAAAAGGGCGUCCUAAGAAAUAUUGUGGCUCAAUGUGCUUUUACAAACUAUAUUGAGAUCUUAACUGAAGAAUCUCCAGCGAUGGAUUCUCUUUAAACACGCAGAGAAAUUCUAGUCUGCUGGCGGGGAAGACAAAAAGCAAAAUAUCUAUCACAUGAAGAUGCAGAGCAAGUGAUCACCUCCUUGUGCAUUAUUGCUCCCUGUGAAGUACCGCAAUGCAGCUUUUUUUUUUCUUUUCUAUGAAUCUAGUGUAUGUUAGUAAAGGGGAGCUUCUAAUGUUGUGCAGAUUGAACAUUCGUAGCAUUAUGGGUCCUGGCACUCGUGUGAUUCCGGUUUCUUGGCAGCCUCCUCCACCAGGUUGGCUGAAAAUAAAAAAUGAUGGUGCAUCUGCCGCAGGUCAUAUUUAUGGUGUUGGAACUUUUCGCAAUUACCAUGAAUUUUCCUAAGAGCUUGUUUUUCUAUCCGCUGGCACAUGGUUAUGCUUUUGAUGCAGAGCUUUUUGUGACCAUUUUUGCUAUUGACAAAGCUUGGGAAUUGGGUUGGCAUUCUAUUUGGCUUGAGAGCGACUUCAUGUGUGUUGUUUCCUGGUUUUGAGAGAAAUCAUUGUUAGUCCCUUGGCUCUUGCUUUGAAGCUGGUCUGCGUGUCUUUUUCAAAUGAGUAAAAUGCAAGUGAUUUGUAGGCAUGUUUAUCGUGAACGUCAUGUGGUUGCUGAUCGCCUUUCUUAUAAAUUCCUGCAAUUGUCGACUUUGACAUGGUGGCAUUCAUGUCCUAGAUUUUGCUGAUAGCCUCCAGUUAUGUUAGUCUUCAUUUCUCUCAUUUUUGUCGCCGUUCUUUUUUUUUUUUCCUUUUUGCCCAAUUGGGUUGUCAUGAAAUACUACGUAUUUUUUUUUCAUUAAAAUAUUAUAUUGAUCUUAUGAUGUUCGGUGCUACGAAGGUGCCAGCCUAGCUGAAAUUCAGGUGCAUCUCUUGAGAUAUUUCCAAUAAAUUUAUAUAAAAAGAUUUCUUCCUGUU